GCAAUCACAGAACCUGGAACAAAACGCGACACCUUUCCCAUCCAAUCUCCACAACCACCAUCCCAUGUACUCUUAGAGCUCUCUCUACAUUUCUCUUUGCGGAACUGCGAAUCAAACUCCACACCAAAAACUUAUCUGUUUUUCCUCGGCCUUCUGCCGGACUUUGCCUCGUUUCCGUAGACUGCUACUUCGCAAUGUCGUGGCUGAGAUCCGCCAUGAACAAAGCCGUGGAGGUCGGCAACAAGAACAACCUCACUCGCACCGUCAAGAACUACGCCGAUUCUGUCGUCCAACAAGCCGGCCAGGCCGUGGCUGAAGGCGCCAAGAUUUUCCAAGAUCGCAUUGGGGCUCGAAAUUUUAAAAGUUUUAGACAAACUGUUAGACGAUUAGAAGACGCUGCUAUCACAUGUAGGGGUUUGGAAAGAGUUCAGCUACUGAGAAGAUGGUUGGCUGUUCUUAAAGAAAUUGAAAAACUAUCUGGAGGUUCUUUUGAAAAUAAAGAGAAGAGUGAGCAAGAUCUUGCAUCUGACGAGUCAAAAGAUAUUCCAAGAAAACCAUCACUUGUUCUGUAUUAUGACCCUGAUUUAGGAGGCGAACCAAUGAAUUUUCGUGAUGUGUUCCUCCAUAGUCAAGCUCUUGAGGGCAUUACAUUAUCUAUGAUACUUGAAGCACCAAAUGAGGAAGAGGUUUCUUUACUCCUUGAAAUAUUUGGGCUUUGCCUUACUGGAGGAAAAGAAGUUCAUAAUGCAAUUGUCAGCAGCAUACAAGAUCUGGCUAAAGCUUUUUCAAGCUAUCAAGAUGAAGUUUUGGCAAAGCGGGAGGAAUUGCUCCAAUUUGCGCAAAGUGCCAUCACAGGGUUGAAGAUCAAUGCUGAUCUUGGAAGAAUUGAUGCUGAAGCUUCCAGGCUUAAAAAAAGUCUGGAAGGAAUGACAGCAUUCUGGGAUUCUUCAAGUGGAAGUCAUGAAGUGCCCGAGAAAACAACUAGUGCAACUAUAGAGGCUUUAAAAGCAGCACUGGCACAUAUACGAGUUUGUUCCAGAUUGGAAGGGCUCUUACUAAAGAAGAAAAUGUUAAGAAAUGGAGACUCUCCAGAGAUCCACGCCCAAAAGGUUGAUAAGUUAAAAGUCUUAUCAGAAUCUCUUGCUAGCUCCGCCAUUAAAGCAGAAAAGCGCAUUUUAGAUAACAGAGCACAAAAGGAGGAAGCGAUAAAAUUUCGUGCAGCUAAAGCUACUGAAGUCAGUGAAUCAGAGAAGGAUUUGGCGGAUGAGAUUGCAGGACUUGAAAGACAGAGGGAUGAACUGGAAGCUGAAUUGAAAAAGGUUAAUAUCUCCUUGGCUGCUGCUCGUGCACGCCUUCUCAAUACCAAAGAAGAGAGGGACCAAUUUGAUGAAGCUAGCAAUCAGCUUGUUUCACACUUGAAAACAAAGGAAGAUGAGCUGUCAAGAUCCAUUGCCUCGUGUAGGGUUGAAGUGGAUGUUAUCAAAACAUGGAUUAAUUUUCUGGAAGAUACUUGGGUUCUCCAGCAUUCAUACUCAGAAAUCAAGGAGAAUCAGGUCAAUGAUGAGUUGGAGAGGCAUGAAAACUAUUUUGUGAACUUGGCUGUUAAUCUGCUGUCUGCUUACAAGGAAGAGUUGGGGCCUUCCAUCAGUCGCAUAGGGAAAUUCGUGGAGAACUUGAAUAGUUUGAAUCAAGGGUUAGAGCUGGAACCUGGAAUGGAUAAUGAGGAUUCCAAAUCAUUAAACCCUAGGAAAAAUCUUGAGGAGGAAUAUCUGGGCUAUGAAGCCAAGAUUAUAACCACAUUCAGUGUGGUAGAUAACAUGAAAGAGCAGUUUUAUGCUCAACAAGGGAAAAUAUCCAGGAAGGAUGAUCCAAGGAUAAAGGAGUUAUUUGACGACAUUGAGAAGUUAAGAGCAGAGUUUGAGGCUAUUGAGAGGCCAACUUUAGAAAUGGAGACUCCUACCCCAAAGGGAGAGACUCCAUCCCCAAAGGGAGAGACUCCAUUCAUUGACAAGCCAAAGGAAAGUCCAUCCAAUUCCUCAAUGCAGGCCACAAAGAUGCCAAAACCUGAGAAGGUUGAGCAUACCGAGUCACCUCCAGUUAAAGCAGAGCAGGUGCUAGAUCCUGAAGCAGAAAUAGCAAAGCUGGAGUCUGAAUUUGGGAAGGUUAGUAGAGACUAUUCAGCAGAGGAGAUUGGUGGGUGGGAGUUUGAUGAGCUUGAAAAGGAAUUGCAGUCUGGUGACUUGGGGACAACCAAAUGAACUGCACAAGCCUGCUGAAGUGACUAACUGAUUCUAACUGUGUUCCAGUGUUUCCGAAACAAAUAAAAUUGCAUGAGCUCUGUUGGUGUGACACUUUGGAAUUUAAUAUGAUAAAUGAGCUAGCAUUUGUAUAGUAGUAUUACAUUCAUACCGGUGUCUAAGAAGCUGAAUUGUUGCUUGGGACAUUUCCCUUGUAGGUCAUGGAGUUUGAAUCCAUUUAUUCUCAUGUAAAUUCUAAAACUUGUAUGAUGAUAAUUAUGGUGGAUUUUACCAAAUGUACAAAUGUACAAGAGGUUUCAUUUAUAUGUAAAUUUUGAACAUUAACUUUGCAGCUA